UAACAAACACCUCUCGAGUCCCUGAUUUCUUCACCUGCAUGCACCCGCACCUGUAUAGCGCUUCGCAGGUACAGCAAGAUGCCAGGAUCUGAUACCCGCUGAAACGAGAUCCGUGUCGAGGAUGAAUGAACUCUUGUUGCGCAGGCGGGGAGUUGCGCCCCUUCUCUCACUUCCCCGCAGAUGUUAUCCCCGAACGAGCACGCUUAUUCGGCCACACUUUCGAAGGCACAAUACAACCUCGAACCCAGUCUCGGUUGAUCGACCCAACGCAUCAGACUCACUCACGACAACGUUGCCCACUACUGAAAUCUCCCCGUCCUCGAAAGCCUCCGCAUCGCGAUGGUCGGCUCUUAAGUCCGCGAAACCCUUCUCGGAGUUCCUCACUGAUAGCUUCAACCGCCAACAUGAUUAUCUCAGAAUAAGCGUGACCGAGCGCUGCAAUCUUCGAUGUCUCUACUGCAUGCCCGAAGAAGGUAUAGAGCUGUCGCCACCGAGCCGCCUCCUCACCACCCCCGAAAUCGUCUAUCUAUCGUCGCUGUUUGUCGCGCAAGGUGUCACAAAGAUCCGUUUGACUGGCGGUGAGCCCACCGUCCGGAAGGAUAUCGUACCAUUAAUGCAGUCCAUCGGCGAGCUGCGGCGGAACGGUCUCCGUGAGCUAUGCUUAACGACGAAUGGAAUCUCCCUGCACCGCAAACUGGACGCCAUGGCCGAGGCAGGACUUACUGGAGUCAACCUCAGUCUUGAUACCUUGGACCCCUUUCAGUUCCAGAUCAUGACGAGGAGGAAGGGCUUCGAUGCCGUGAUGAAGAGCAUCGACCGCAUUCUCGAGAUGAACAAGAUGGGGGCGGGAAUCAAGUUGAAAAUCAACUGUGUUGUGAUGCGUGGGCUCAACGACCGGGAGAUUAUCCCGUUCAUUGAAAUGGGGCGUGAAAAUCCCAUUGAAGUGCGCUUCAUCGAGUACAUGCCGUUUGACGGCAACAAAUGGAGCCAGGGCAAGAUGGUCUCCUACCAGGAGAUGCUGGCUAUCAUUCGGGAGAAGUACCCCGCGUUGGAGAAGGUUGCAGAUCAUAAGAAUGACACCAGCAAAACGUAUCAAGUACCAGGCUUUCAGGGUCGUAUUGGGUUCAUUACCAGCAUGACCCACAACUUCUGCGGAACCUGUAAUCGUUUGCGCAUUACUUGUGACGGGAACCUCAAGGUCUGCUUGUUUGGCAAUGCAGAGGUGUCGCUCCGCGAUAUCAUUAGGAGAGAGAACAAUGGCGAGCCUAUGGAUGAAGACACCAUGAAGAAUCUGCGACUCUUGGAAUCUGCGGCCAACGCGACUGAAGUCCCACGGCGAGAACAAGAAUUGCUCGAUAUCAUUGGCAUGGCGUUAAAACGCAAGAAAGCGAAACAUGCUGGCAUGGGCGAGUUGAAGAACAUGAAAAACCGCCCUAUGAUCCUCAUCGAUAAUGGAAUUACGGGCAAUCCGAUCACUGCCACUUCUUCGUACAAUCAACGAACCAGGUUGGCAUCACCUGCAUGGGGAAGGAUUCCUGUACACCUACUCUCCUCUGGUCCACAGGUUGCCGCGCAAGUUCGACAUUACUCUCGUGCCCACUCCCAACGGACAAACCCAGAUAUGGAAAGAGAAGACACCAAGAUCUCCCUUUCCACAGCCUCUGAUCCAGACUUGCCUCAUCUUAACAGCUCGCAGCACGUGCACAUGACCAAGAUUGCAGAGAAGCCGGUAACGAAACGUCAAGCCACCGCUACUUGUGUGGUGCAAUUCUCCAACCCGCGGCCGUGGGAAAUCCUACGAGAGGGCCGUGGUACAAAGAAGGGAGACGUCUUCAGUGUCGCGCGGAUCGCCGGCAUUAUGGCUGCCAAGAAAACCCCGGAUCUGGUCCCCCUCUGUCACCCAGGGAUUGGCAUCACUGGCGUCGAGGUGGACGUGAAGCUACUGGACCCUGAUGCUGCGGCAGCGCGUGCAUCGGACGGCUCAAUGGGUCAUGGGGCGAUGCACGUCACGGCUACCGUGAGCUGCCUGGGACGAACGGGGGUCGAGAUGGAAGCGAUGACUGCUACGAUGGGAGCUGCUUUGACAGUGUACGAUAUGCUGAAAGCGGUGGAUAAGGGCAUGGUGAUCGGUGGCGUGAAGUUACUGGAGAAGAAGGGGGGUAAAAGUGGGCAUUGGGUUCGCCACGAAGUGGUCCAAGACACUGGAGAAACUGAAUGA